AUGGAGCGAAUGGACUUCUUCGCCAGACGCGAUGAGAUAACCAAGGAAAGGCGCCGUCUACUACGAGAAAAGAAUGGAUACGUCCCCGGGGCCCAUAGGGAGGAAGACAGCAUCCGAAAUAAAGACAAGAAGCUCGACAAGACCAAGAAAAUACACCAAGAGAAGCUGGACCUCUGGCUCGACUUCACAGCAGAUCCAAGCAAUAAGUUCAAACAUUACAAAACUGUUCCCGGAUGUUCCCCUCCGAGCCAUGAUGUGGUUAAGCAAUUCAUUCGCUGGUGUGUGAGUUCUGCUACAGGCAGACUCAGCGAAGGCAAACAGCCAACUGUUAGAACUGUCAAAGCGUGGGCGGAACGAUUCUUUGGGGGAUUCAAAGAGAGCACCAAAACGGAGGUACCCCAGAAGGAUAGAAAAGAAGUAUAUGAUUGGAUAAAAAAUACAUUGACAGCAGAGGGCAUUGUCGUGGACCAGAAAAAGCAGAAGUACAACUUCAAGAGGGAUGACUUUUUGAAAGUUGUCGCCUCAAUUUGGCAAGCUGAUCAUCAAAAGUUUAUUCCCGGGCUGACAAAGGUCCUCAUACUAUUUGCUCUUCAAUUAUACCUUUUCACGGGGGCAAGAGUCGGAACUUUUAUGCCUUCUGAUGAGGAUAAACACUACAAAGGCCUUCGAUACGAAGACAUCAAGUUGGUUCUAUUUCCUUCAUCCACCGCUCCAUGGGAGGUUGGAUGGAGAGUCAACCAGAAAUGGCUCAAGAAUAAUCGUGAUGAAAAGUACACAGUGUUCGGAAUUGGUAUCCGUGACAGCAACAAACCUCAAUUCGCAUCUGGCCAACUUCUCCUCGCACUCGCACUUGCACAUGGCGCUCUUUUUGGUAUAGAGACUGUUUCAGAUUUGGAAGAAUUUGAUCUAUCGAAUGGAGAGAUCCCAUUAAAAUGGAAGGAAAGUUUUAAGACGAAACCGAUUUUCCGGAAUGUCACAGCCGACGGGCCUCAAGAAAUUCCUCUUACGAACAAAGAGUUUUCCUCCUACCUACACCAGAUCUUUGAUGCAGCUGGCUACAGUGAACACCCGACAAUACACUGUUUGCGAAGGAACCUGGCCAAGGAGGUCGAAUCAAGGUAUGGCUCUGCGCCCGUCUCACAAAUCCUGGCGCAUCGGGAUCCAAAAACAUUUCCAGAUCACUAUUAA